AUGCGGUCGCCAAAUCAAUUUCGGCUCCAGCCAAGUCCGCUGUCAGACUGUAGGCCUGCCAACGGUGACAAAGAGCAAUUGGCCGGAGGAGACGGAGGGAAGAAACACUGCGACAGCAUCCCAGAAGGACGGCACAUGGACGAGUCCGGACUGCAGCACAUUCACAGGGUUUUAUUCAGACCCAGCCAGGACUUCCCUCUGCUUCGACUGGACGAGGUGGUGGACGACCAGUCCAACAUCGUGGGCUUCUCGAUGCUCAACAGCAGCCAUCCCUUUUACCUGGAGUUCAUCAGGAGCCUGAACCUGUCCUGGAGGGAAGGCUGCAGCAUCAGCCCUUAUCCUGGACCAGCGCUGUCGUCGGCGCUGAUGUUCGACGGCGUCCACGUGGUGGUGAGCGCCGUGCGGGAGCUGAACCGCAGUCAGGAGAUUGGCGUGAAGCCGCUGAGCUGCACGUCGCCGCUCAUCUGGCAACACGGGACCAGCCUGAUGAACUACCUACGAAUGGUGGAGUACGACGGUCUGACCGGUCACAUCGAGUUCAACAGCAAAGGCCAGAGGACCAACUACACCCUGAAGAUCCUGGAGAAGCACCCAGGAGGACACAAGGAGAUCGGUAUCUGGUAUUCCAACAACACGUUGGCCAUGAACUCCACAUCUCUGGACCUGAACGCAUCAGAGACUUUGGCCAACAAGACGCUGAUCGUCACCACCAUCCUGGAAAAUCCGUACGUGAUGCGAAAGUCCAAGUACCAGGACUUCCAUGGAAACGACCAGUACGAGGGUUUCUGCGUGGACAUGCUGCGAGAGCUGGCCGACAUCCUCAAGUUCUCCUUUAAGAUCAAGCUGGUGGACGACGGACUUUACGGAGCUCCGGAGCCCAACGGGAGCUGGACCGGGAUGGUGGGAGAGCUCAUCAACAGGAAAGCCGACCUGGCUGUGGCCGGUUUCACCAUCACCUCAGAGAGAGAGAAGGUGAUCGACUUCUCCAAACCCUUCAUGACUCUGGGGAUCAGCAUCCUGUACCGGGUCCAUCUGGGCCGUAAACCUGGGUACUUCUCCUUCUUGGACCCCUUCUCUCCAGCUGUCUGGCUCUUCAUGCUGCUGGCCUACCUGGCUGUCAGCUGCGUCCUCUUCCUGGCUGCCAGGCUGAGUCCGUAUGAGUGGUACAACCCCCACCCCUGUCUACGGGAGCGCAGGGACAUCCUGGAGAACCAGUACACCCUGGGGAACAGCCUGUGGUUCCCCGUGGGCGGCUUCAUGCAGCAGGGAUCCGAGAUCAUGCCCCGAGCGCUGUCCACCCGCUGCGUCAGCGGAGUCUGUGAAAAUGUGUUGGACGUUGAAGUGUCUGAACGUUUGUCGGUGGUCUCCUCAGGUUCUCCGUACAGAGAUGAGAUCACUCUGGGGAUUCUGCAGCUGCAGGAGAGCAACCGACUGGAGAUCCUGAAGAGACGCUGGUGGGAGGGAGGACAGUGUCCCAAAGAGGAGGACCACCGGGCCAAAGGUCUGGGUAUGGAGAACAUCGGUGGGAUCUUCGUGGUCCUGAUCUGCGGCCUCAUCAUCGCCGUGUUCGUGGCGAUCAUGGAGUUCGUUUGGUCGACGCGGCGCUCCGCAGAGACGGACGAGGUAAACCUUCAUCAUGCUCCUCCUCCUCCUCCUCCUCCUCACUCCUCCUGCCCUGCCUCCAGCCUCAACUUCAGCUCAGACACACCAGUGUCGGUCUGUCAGGAGAUGCUCACCGAGUUCCGAAACGCCGUCUCCUGUAAGAAGAGUUCUCGUUCUCGCCGCCGCCGUCCUCUGAGCGGCGCCGGCGGGGGGAUCCUUCGCCACCCGUCCCGCCUGGCUCUGGCGGCGCCCCGCCCCAUCCGCCUGGUGCGCGAGAUGCGUCUCAGUAACGGUAAACUGUACAGCGGCACUGGCCCGCUCACAGGGGGUUUGGGACUGGGUCCGGAUCUGGGUCCGGGUCCUCAGAGGCUCCUGGAGGACCCGUUAGGCGCCAACGCCUCCAGCACGCCGCCCCCGCCCCCCCCGGCGUCGGCCCUGGUGGCGCCGCCCCCUGCGCCGCCUCGCGGCUUCCUGCAGAGCUGCAGCCACGUGCGCAUCUGUCAGGAGUGUCGGCGGAUCCAGAGCCUGCGACCCGCCGCCGCGCUGACCCCGCCCCCGCCUCCGCCCCCUUCCUCCUCCUCCUCCACCUCCUCCUGCUCCCGAAUCCCCCCCUCCAUGGCGACGCCAGGACACCCCCACCACCACCGCCACAACCCCCACCACCACCUCCACUACCACCACGGCUCCAUGUCGCUGCCCCGCCUCCCGCCGCCACCCCCGCCCAUCGCGUCAGACAGAGCCGACAGCGACGGCGGAGGCGGGGCUCCGAGCCCGAGGCGGGGCAAACCCAAACCGGCGCCGCCCCCCAGACCGCAGCCCCCCACCAAAACACCAACACACCCAACCACGGACUUACUGGGUGGACACGACUGAACUGUCUUAACUGUUGACCUUUGACCCCAAAGACAGCGGGGGGGGCGGAGCGGAGAGACCAUGUGACCUGUUGGUGGAUGGGACAUACCAUUAACCUUCAAGGGGGGGGGCGGGCUAAACAACUCGCUAAAACAAACACUGAGAUUGGAGCAGCUGAACGAACUGUUCAGUCCUCCGCCUCCCGCCUCAGCCAAUCAUCACGCUCGGUGCCAGUGAGGAGGCGGAGCUUCUCAACACACACACACACACACACGCUGUAGCAGCUGUACAGUAUUCAGUCAUGUGAUGUAGCUGGUGCUGCUCCUGUCCACUCUGCUGACGUGACGUCUGGAAAACGAGCUGGUGAGGGGCGGGGUUUAGGACAAACACCACUGAGCCGAUUGGGCUGGUCGAAAGUGGGCGUGGCUUACUUAAAUGCAGAGGGUCCAUGAGAAGAACUACCUCUGUACGUUAUCACAGCGUCCGUCUGAUGAUUUUCUCUGCUCACGUUAGCGUCACCAAACCGCCGUACAG